GAGUGAGAGAAAGAAAGAGAGAAGGAGAGACAGAGUGAGAAGGAAGAGGGACCCUUGGGAGGCAGCAGCAGCAGCCGUCUUUGGCAUUCAGAGGAUUUCCUUUGGGGAUAAAAGGACGCUUGGAAUUGAUGACUGGAGAGGUCUAGACUGCUGGUUGUGAGGAUGUUGUCAACAGGGCAGAUCAGAUGGUGUUUGUGGGUUCCACUGGUGAUACUGGCCCUAGUUUCCAAUUUCCCCAGUAACGGACAGGGUCAAGUUCCAGCUCCAAGGAGGCUGCGUUUCAAAGUGCUGAGCUCAAGCAAACUCCUUGUUUCAUGGAAGGAGCCCAAAGGAGACUUUGACAGCUAUCUGUUCCUGUACAACAGCAUACUAGGUGGUCAGCAGAAGGAGAUCAUAGUGUCUAAAACAGACACUAAGGUGCUGAUAACAGACUACGACCCCUCCAAAGACUACACUGUCUAUGUCAUCGCUGUCAGCGGCAGUGAGCAGAGCAGACCACUUCAGGGCAUUCAUAAAGCUGAAAGAGGUAAGAGUGAUGGAGGAGACCAGACUGAGCCCCAGAGGCUGACUGAUUCAGUUGCACCUCCAGAGGAUGCCAACGAGAUCUCUGGAGUUGAUCAGUUUGUGUGCCACACUGAAGCCAUUGCAGACAUCUUGAUCCUGGUGGACGGCUCCUGGAGUAUUGGUCGGAUCAACUUCCGGUUGGUCCGCAUGUUCCUGGAAAACCUGGUCAAUGCCUUUGAUGUUGGCAGAGAUAAGACAAGGAUAGGUCUUGCUCAGUACAGUGGUGAUCCCAGGACAGAGUGGGAUCUAAAUGCUUUUUCCACUAAAGAUGCCGUCAUAGAUGCUGUCAAGAAUCUGCCCUACAAAGGAGGAAACACUCUCACAGGACUUGCGUUGACUUAUAUCUUAGAGAACUGCUUCAAGCCUGAGUCUGGCUCACGGGUUGGCGUGCCCAAGAUUGGGAUUCUAAUCACGGAUGGGAAGUCCCAGGAUGAUGUAAUACCACCAGCAGAGAGCCUGCGCAAUGCCGGGGUUGAGCUGUUUGCUAUUGGUGUGAAGAAUGCUGAUGAGAAUGAGCUGCGCUCCAUCGCCUCAGAGCCAGACAACACUCAUGUCUACAAUGUAGCUGACUUCAACAUCAUGAGCUCCAUAGUAGAGGGUCUGACCAGAACAGUGUGUGAACAAGUGGAGCAGCAAGAUAAAGACAUCAAGGAGAAACAGAUACCAGAGAAGAUUGGAAUGCCACUGGAGCUGGUGACGUCAGAGGUCACGGCCCGGAGCUUCAGGGUCUCAUGGAGCCCAGCACCCGGAAAUGUAGAGAAAUACAGAGUGGUCUAUUAUCCUGUUCAGGGAGGAGAACCGCAGGAGGCUGUAGUGGACGGCAGUGAAACUUCAGUGGUGUUACAGCAUCUCAGCUCUCUCACUGAGUACCAGCUGGCUGUGUUUGCUGUGUAUGCAAACGAGGCAAGUGAAGCUCUGAGAGGAUCAGAAACAACCCUGGCCCUUCCCACAGUGACAGGCCUUCAGCUGUUUGAUGUGACUCACAGCACCAUGAAAGCAAGAUGGGACAGUGUGGAUGGGGUCUCUGGCUACAUGCUGCUGUACGCAACUCUUACAGAUGAUGGAGACUUGGACGAGAAGGAGAUUAAGGUAUCGGAUGCAGUGACAGAAUUGGACCUGGAGGGGUUGAUCCCUCAUACUGAAUACACUGUCACUGUUUAUGCCAUGUAUGGAGAGGAGGCCAGUGACCCUAUUACAAAUCAGGAAACUACAUUGCCACUGAAUCCUCCCAGUAACCUCCAGUUCUCUGACAUCACCCAUAACUCCGCCCACAUCAGCUGGGACCCCGCGCCCAGAGGAGUUAAAGGUUACCGCAUCAUGUGGGUCAAGACAGACGAACUAGUCACGGAGGAGGUGGAGGUCGGUCGGGUGAGCUCUUAUGACCUCAAUGAGUUGACUUCUCUGAAGGAGUACUCAGUGGCCAUCUUUGCCUUGUAUGACAACGGCCAAUCAGAGCCGCUCACUGAUGGAUUCACUACCACUCCAGUUCCUGGUCCUCUGAAUCUACGCUCCAGUGAUGUCAGCACAGACAGCUUUGAGGUCAGCUGGGAUCACUCAGCCAGUGACAUUGUCCUUUACAGACUCUCUUGGGCACCGUUCACAGGUGGUGACACAAACGAGGUGGUCUUGGAUGGAAGUGACAACAGAUACAUCCUGACCAGUCUGAGUCCGUCUACUGAGUAUGAAGUUAUGUUGACGGCUGUAUUCAAAGAUGAAUCGGAGAGCGACACCAUCUCCGUUAUAGAGACAACAUUGGCUAAGACAACAACGAUUGCUACCACAACCACAGUGGCACGUCAACCUGUGAGAAACCUUCAGCUGAGCGACGAGACCACCCAGAGCUUAGAGGCAUCGUGGGAGAUGGAAGACCCCCACGUGGAGAGCUACAGGGUCUCUUUUGCUGGCGUCAGGGGCAACCACGAAGAGGAGUCUGUGUUAGUUCCUGGUGAUCAGAGGAGAGCCGUGCUUCAGCCUUUACUAUCAGACACCCAGUACAAAGUAACAGUCACGCCAGUAUACACAGACGGACAAGAUGGCAUCAGUGUCUCCUCCCUGGGAACUACACUGCCCCUCUUGUCUCCUGGAAACCUCCGUGUGUCAGAGGAGUGGUACAACCGGUUCAGGGUCACCUGGGAUCCACCUGAGUCUCCUGCAUUGGGUUACAGGAUCGUCUACCAGCCCAUUUAUGUUCCAGGACAAGUUUUGGAGACAACAGUGGGUGAAGAUUUGAAGUCCAUGCUCCUUCGGAAUCUGCUAAGUGGGACAGAAUACAGCGUUGAAGUGACGGCUUCCUAUCCUACAGGACAAAGUGAACCACAGCUAGUCAAUGCUAAAACAUUGUUCCUUGGCGUCUCUGGCUUGUCAACCUACCAGGUGCGUUCCAACAGCAUGUGUGUCCAAUGGCAGCCUCUUCUACAUGCCACAUUAUACAGAGUAUCCAUACAGUCUACACUCAAUAGUCAAAGGCAGGAAGUGCGCCUGGGAGGCGGUGCUUCCCGACAGUGCUUCUACGACCUCACACCCAGCAGCCAAUAUCAGAUCAGCGUUCACACGCAGAUGCAAGAAAUGGAGGGACCUUCAGUCUCGAUCACUGACAUGACAUUGCCAGCGCCCACUCAGACUCCGACUGAACCACCCACCACAGAGCCCCCUCCGACCAUCCCGCCUGCUAAGGAAGUGUGCAAGGAGGCCAAGGCUGACCUGGCUUUCCUGGUCGACGGGUCCUGGUCCAUCGGAGACGACAACUUCAUGAAGAUCACACGUUUCCUCUACAGCACCAUGGGGUCGCUGGAUCUGAUUGGACCAGAUGGCACCCAGGUGGCCAUUGCUCAGUUCAGCGACGAUGCUCGGACAGAAUUCCAGUUGAGUUCCCAUGGCAACAAGGAAGCGCUGCUGGAAGCUAUUCAGAGGAUCAGAUACAAAGGAGGAAACACCAAGACAGGUCGGGCCAUCAAACAUGUGAAAGAAACCAUUUUCACUCCAGAGGCUGGAGCCAGAAGGGGCAUUCCUAGGGUCCUGGUUGUCCUGACUGACGGGCGUUCGCAAGAUGAUGUCAACAAAGUGUCCAAGGAGAUGCAGAUGGAGGGCUAUAUCAUCUUUGCCAUUGGCUUUGCGGACGCGGACUACGGAGAGCUGGUGAAUAUUGCCAGCAAGCCCAGCGAUAGACACGUCUUUUUUGUGGACGAUUUGGAUGCUGUGAAGAAAAUAGAGGAACAACUCAUUACCUUUGUCUGUGAGGCUGCCACUGCCACUUGUCCAUCUGUUUUGAUGAGUGGUAACACAAUGGCAGGUUUCCGUAUGAUGGAGAAGUUUGGCCUGGUAGAGAAGGAGUACAGCAUCAUACCUGGAGUUUCUCUGGAGCCGGGGUCAUUCAACAGUUUCCCCUGUUACAGAUUACACCGCGAUGCCCUGGUGUCACAGCCCACCAAGUACCUUCACCCUGAAGGUUUACCCUCUGACUACACAAUUUCAAUGAUGCUCCGCCUACUUCCGGAGACCCCAGAGGAGCCCUUUGCAUUGUGGGAAAUCCUCAACAAAAACAACAAGCCAUUGGUGGGAGUAAUCCUGGACAACUCUCGAAAGACCUUGACAUUCUUCAACUAUGACUACAAAGGAGACUUCCAGACUAUUACCUUUGAAGGAACAGAAAUCAAAAAGAUCUUCCAUGGCAGCUUCCACAAGCUCCAUGUAACCAUCAGUAAGACGUCUGUGAAAGUGGUGCUCGAUUGUACUGUGGUUGGGGAGAAACCUGUCCACGCAGCUGGUAACAUCACCACCGACGGAGUGGAGAUCCUCGGAAGGAUGUUUCGGUCCAGAGGCACUCACGACAACUCUGCUCCAUUCCAGCUCCAGAUGUUUGACAUCAUCUGCAGUACAUCCUGGGCCAGCAGAGAUAAGUGUUGUGAGCUGCCAGCAUUGAGAGUUGAGGAGCAGUGCCCUCCCAUGCCGCAUGCCUGCACCUGCUCCCAGGACAGCAAAGGACCCCCAGGACCCUCCGGACCCCCUGGUGGUCCAGGCAUAAGGGGAGUCAGAGGAGACAGAGGAGAGCCAGGAGUAACGGGACCUCAAGGGCCAAUGGGAGAGAUUGGCCCUCCUGGACCAUCAGGACCGGCUGGUCCUCAGGGACCCAGUGGACUCUCCAUACAGGGGCCCAUGGGUGCUGCUGGAGAGAAGGGAGAGAGAGGAGAGAUGGGACCAGCCGGACAAAUGGGUGUUCCUGGAAGCCCUGGCUCACCUGGUAGAGAGGGCCCCCCAGGAGCAAGGGGUCUACUGGGGAAUAGCGGACCGCAGGGACGACAAGGACCUCCUGGACCCAUUGGAGCCCCAGGUGCACCUGGAGCUCCAGGACCAGGUGGGCCAGCAGGGUCCCAAGGAGAUCAAGGACUUCCUGGUCCUGCUGGUACCAAAGGCGAUAAGGGAGAGAGAGGUGAUGUGCAAUCCCAAGCUGCUGUUCGUGCCAUCGCACGGCAAGUGUGUGAACAGCUCAUCCAGAGCCACUUGUCUCGCUAUAACUCCAUACUGAACCAGAUCCCCGUCCAGUCGGCAGUGUCGGUCCGAACAGUACCCGGCCCGCCUGGGGAGCCGGGUAGGAGAGGCUCCCCUGGACCUCAGGGAGAGCAAGGCCCGCCCGGCAGACCAGGCUUCCCUGGUACCAGUGGGCAGAAUGGACAACCAGGAGAAAGAGGUCUGCCAGGAGAGAAGGGAGAGAGGGGGAAUCCAGGGGUCGGGAGUCAGGGACCUCGAGGACCAGCCGGACCUCCAGGCCUGCCAGGUGAAGGUCGGACGGGCAGCCAGGGCCCACCCGGUCGGCCGGGUAACCCAGGGACAGCAGGGAGGCCGGGGAAUCCAGGUACCACCGGACAGACUGGCCCGCCAGGAUACUGUGACCAGAACUCUUGUAUGGGAUACAACGUCGGAGUCCAACCCCUGCCUCACGGUGGCUACCAGCCCUACAACCAGCUGUACAACCCUGCUGCAGUGGCUUACGACGACGACCAAGGAGGUGAAGACGAGGAGGAGGGAGAGGAGGAGCAGGACCGCGAUUACCAUCGUGGCUACCCCCCUCAGUACUAUCCCCAACAGCCUUCCCAAUUGGCCCACGCUCGCCACGGUUACCGCUCGAGCCCCACCCACUCUGAGGAUGUGGAGCUGAGGUCGCCGGGUGUCGCCAGGAGGUUUUCACGCGAUGUCGUUGUCAUGGAGGAGAGUGAGGAGGGAGGACUUUAGAGGAAGGACGGACUCACCUGAAGUGCUUGAGCCCUGCACGCCACAACACACACACACACACACACACACACACACACACACACACACACACACACACACACACGUAUUCAAACAUGGAAACAAAUCAGACACUGACAUACACACACACACACACACACACACAACCCCCCAAUCUGACACUGUAGUGAGAACCCCCCCCUGUCCCCAUGUCUCAAGUGAGUUUCUCCACCAGGUGAAACAGUGUAAAUAGCUCGUUGGAAUCUUGUACGAUAUCUCUGUAAAAAGGGGGUCCGAAAAGUGCCUGAUCUAUGUUAGCAUCGUCCAGUGGUAAUGUAAAGGUAAGACCUGUUUAUUUCCAUUUUACAAUUGAUUUCAGGACUAAAAUCUUUUUUGUGUGAAGCUGCAUGUCUCCUUUGAGCCAACCAGUGAGUGUGUAACUGGAUACGUGCAUCUUGUUUUGGUUUAUGUAACUAACUAGAUUAUUUUACCGUUCAAAUCAUUCGGGACGAUGAGCUGGCAACCUUUGUACAGGCUGCUUUUUAUAAUGAUGAAUCAUGUUUCCCCCACUUAUUUUAGUGUGUAAAGGAAUAUUGAAAUGUUUUGAAGUGAUUUCUCCAUGCAGUAUUGAAGUUUGCUUCUCUUUACCAGGAUUCUGGCUGAACCAUUGCAGGAGUUAACGCCCCAGAAUGAAAUGUAGAAGCAUAUGCAUUAAAUUUCUGUUGUUUAAUAUUACAUUAACACUGUGGAAAACAAAUCACCUUUAUCGUUUAAAUUAUUUUCUUUCAAAGAAAAUCUGGCCCCCCAUUACAUUUUGUCCUGCCAUAUUUCAUUCUGUUACUACGAACAUGGAGCAGGUCUGUUGUGGGUUUCAAUACUCAGACUUGUGGUGAAUUUUAAAGGAAAAAUCUGUGUUGUUUGUGUAUUGUCGCUGCACCAGUUUGUUGUUUAUUGUUCUUAUACAAAGUCGGGCCUGUUCACUGUGGAAACGCUUUUCUCACUGGUUGACCUCUGACCUUGCGCUGGAAGGAGACCUGGAUCCAGUUGUUAUUCCAAACAGUCUGCUGCCUUUUCAGUGAAAACAGUAAGGAGAAAAACCACAAGUGUAAACUUCGCCCCUCCUGCGCUGCAGUCUGAAGAAACGAGCACUAAAGUAACUCCAAGUUGAGCUGCGAGCUGCCUCUGGUCUAUUUGAGAUUUAAACUGUCAACUUGAGCAGUUUUAAUAAGGAAUGUGUCUCACCACCAUACCCCUUAGUACAAUAUGAACUUAUUUAUUUUCUAUUUUGUUUGCUUUUAUAACCAAUAAAUCUGUAAUGACACUACAAAAUCGUGUGUUAGGUCAUUUAACUUUAGGAAUACAAAAAGUUCAAAAUUAAACUAGAUUUUACAACAUUUAUGUAAAAACACUACUAGACGGGAACAAGUGA